AUGUUUGCAGCUGGACCGGACUUCCAGCCGCACACAGUUCUAGGAAAGGCAAGGUUAAAAUGUGCAGAUUUUUUGGAGUCAAAGGGUGUCACAGUCAGACAGCCAGGAUUCAAGUUUCUUUGGGUUGAUACUUUCCCCUUGUUUUUGCCUAAGGAAGACGGAGGUGAAGGACUGGAGUCUGCUCAUCAUCCAUUUACAGCUCCCCAUCCUGAAGAUCUGAGACUGGUUUUCCAGUCACCAGAACUUGUUAGGAGUCAACAUUAUGACCUUGUUCUCAAUGGCAGUGAGAUUGGUGGAGGUUCCAUACGUAUUCAUAACUCCAAGCUGCAGAGAUACGUCCUCACUCAAGUGCUGAAGCACGACAGUUCAGAGCUGGAGCAUCUGUUGGAGGCCCUGGAGUCUGGCUGUCCCCCUCAUGGAGGAAUUGCUUUAGGUCUAGAUCGUCUGAUAGCCAUCAUGGUUGGUGCCAGCUCUAUCCGAGACGUCAUAGCUUUCCCAAAGAUCACACAGGGGAAGGACCCUCUGAGCAACUCCCCAGCCUCUGUGGCCCAGGCUGAUUUAGACUACUACCAUAUGCAACUAGAAAAAGACAGGAAACUACGUCUAACCCCUUUCUGA